UAUCGACAUUACGGCAGUCGCUGCCUCAUCGUACAGACCUUCAUCUGCUGUCCACUUACACCACCCACCACCACCCAAUUGACGUGUGACCACAAUUCCUCGCAUCCUCCAAGAGCCUCCCAAGAUGCAGGUCCGCCACAGAAACACAGUCGAGCGCCUCGACAGGCCGAGCGCAUACUACCACAACAAGAACAAGCGCAGAAGACCCGACCACCGCGACGCCCGCGACGCCGAAGACGAGGCUGCCUCCAAGAAUGAGCCCCUUCCCGAGGACCCCCUCGCGAACGCUACGACACUCUAUGUCGGCAACCUCUCGUUCUACACCACUGAGGAGCAGGUGUACGAGCUUUUCUCCAAGUGUGGCGAGAUCAAGCGUCUCGUCAUGGGCCUCGACCGCUUCAACAAGACUCCCUGCGGCUUUUGCUUUGUCGAGUACUACACCCAUCAGGACGCCCUCGACUGCAUGAAGUACAUUGGCGGCACCAAGCUCGACGAGCGCGUCAUCCGUACCGACCUCGACCCCGGUUUUGAGGAGGGGCGGCAGUACGGCCGCGGCAAGAGCGGAGGCCAAGUGCGCGACGAGUACCGCGAGGACUACGACGAGGGACGCGGCGGUCUGGGCAGGGCGAUUCAGAUGCAAAGGGAUCGGGACGACCGGAUGGGCGACUACGAAGAGGCGCGAUGAGUAAAGGGCGGAUUGGGAAUGCUGAGCGGUGGAAUGACGGACAGAAUUGCCCCAAAGGCGACCGAGGGGCAUUUACGAAGAGAACCCAAGAGAGGCCAACAUCAAAAAGGAAAACGGUUGCGUGUAACACAAAAUUUCAUUUUUUGGGGUGCGGUGGGAAACGAUUCUUUGACAACCUAGGCAGGCUUUUGGGAUGCGAUACCCUCAAUUACAACACGUUUAAAAGGCAUUUCCAUGUCUGCUUCGAUGCUGAAGAGCUUGCUGUAGCCUUUCCCUUUCUUGUUUUCCUUUC